CACCAAUGCCUACAAAAGGCCUUCUGCACAUUCCAGUGUCUGUCAGGAUUUAUGUACAGAUAAGGAAGUUUUAAGGCAUCAUCCCAACAUGACCUGUUUUUGUUUGCUUCAGAUGUUCUUCAUACUGCUGUGCACCAUGCAAAUCUCAACUCCGGACUGUAAUAUUCCUUCUUUACAGCAAAGCAAAGCGAUUCAGAGCAGUUUACACCUUCUGGACAAAAUAGGACAAGCAUUUCCUCUGCAAUGCAGACGUGAGCAUGUACUCUUCAAGUUUCCUCACAACAUUCUGAAGCUCAGUCAGAAAGACAAUGUCAAGGUGGCCGUUCAGGAAACACUCCAAAGCAUCUUCUACAUGUUUAGCAAAAAUUUAACCUUAGCUGCCUGGGAUGGCAGAUCCCUUGAAAGUUUCCAGAAUGGACUUUAUCAACAAAUUGAGCAGCUAGAGGCAUGCUCAAUUAAGAAGAUAAAAAAGAAGCCACAAUAUUUAAGGGAUGUGGAAGCCAACAGACUGAAACUGAAAAAAUACUUUCAAAGGAUAGACAACUUUCUAAAAGGCAAGCAAUAUAGCCUGUGUUCCUGGGAGAUCAUCCGUGAGGAAGUGAGGAAAUGUCUUCAACUUAUUGAGAAAGGACUAGAAGGCUUAGAAAAUAAGUUGUGGAUUCAAGCCAAAAUCAAGAACCUGCUAAAUGAACAAGAUUCAAGAAGAGCAGAUGUGAAACAGAAACAUCCAAAAUGCAAAAGAAGGCACCAGGACCUGAAAUAAUGGGAAAAAAAGACUGAAGGAACAAAAUUAAUACAAAAGUACUAGCUAUUUCUAUUUUUCUUUUUUUGGAUGAAACACUAGUAAAAAGGAAUAUUUAUACAAAUAUCCUUUGUUUGUGUAACUAAGAAAACUUUUGAACAUUAAAAACUGGAAAAACAUUUCAACCCAAAGGCAA